AGCUCAAAACAUCACAACUAUGACUCUUUGGCCCCGCCCCUACGGACGCAUGCUUGGAAGACAUGCGCUUUGCGGCAAAGUCCUCCUUUUCUCCACACACGCUUCUAAGCCUCGGCACAUCUCCUCACAUCGCUACUAACUACACUUUAUUCAUCCUCCGUGUCAGGAUAAACUCCACUCGUCUCAGCCACAUUUGGAGAUUAUUAGGCCCGCUUAGCUUGAUAGUUGUUUGAGCGCGCCAAUUAGCUUAGCAUGCUAGUUAGCUUAGCAUGUUAGCCGCUAACAAAGAGACGCGGAUUUGAUCAACACAUCGCUUAGUUAAGAUCAAGUGUGAGUGUAAAGUGUUGUGAUUGUGUGAAAAUGUGCGAAAGAACGAUAGAAAAGUAUGAGGAGGAACUUUGUUGUGUGAAAAUGUGUGAAAGAACGAUAGCAGAGUACAAAGAGGAACUUUCUCGAACAAAAGAAGAGAACGAGAGACUACGUCAACUAUUGGAGGCUGUUUUCAAGAAACCUCAAGUUGUGUUACACAGAACAGAUGUCUGUAUAAAAUAUCGCCCACCUGAGCAGCAGGAGGGGUCCUCCAGUAUGGAGCAGAAGAAGUCACAGUACCUCCACGUGAAAGAAGAGGAGCCAAAGCCCCCCUACUUUAAAGUGGAGGAAAAACAGCGGCUGUCCCCCCACUUCAUAAAGGAAGAGAAGAGACACCUCGUCAGUGUGAAGAGUGAAGAUGAUGAGGUCAAAGACGUCUGUGAAGAACAUCUUCACCCUGAGCAACAGAAGUGGAGCUUCAGGAUGCGGACGGAGGAGCCACAGCCCUCCCACAUUAAGAAGGAAAAGGAAUACCCACUGAUCCCCCAUUUUAAAGAGGAAGAGGAGGACCAACUAACACCCCAUUUUAAAGAGGAAGAGGAGGACCAACUAACACCCCAUUUUAAAGAGGAAGAGGAGGACCCACUGAUACCUCUUUUAAAAGAGAAAUCGGUGAAGAGUGAAGAUGAUGAGGUGAAAGGUGAAAGUGAGGAGAGGGGAGGGGGGGAGCCUCCAAGCAGCAGCUCAACACAACACAUGACAACAGAAGCUGAUGGAGACCACUGUGGAGGAUCACAAGCAGACAAGCUCUUAGCUCCACUAUCAGAUAGUGAGGACACAACGUCACACUCUCCUGACACUGAUGAUGAAGACUCUAAAGAUGAUAAGACAUGUCACACUGACAACACUCACUUCACAUCUUCUCUCUGUCACAAAACUUUUAAAGACCAUUGUCGUCUAAAAACACACAUGAGAACACACACCGGAGAAAAACCUUUUAUCUGUUCACUCUGUGGUAAAUGUUUUGCACAAAGUUCAAGUUUGGUAAAACACAUGAAAACACACACUGGUGAAAAACCUUUCUCUUGUUCAAUCUGUGGUAAAGGUUUUAGAGAAAGUCAACAUUUGAAAAGACACAUGAAAACACACACUGGUGAAAAACCUUUUUCCUGUUCAACCUGUGGUAAAAAUUAUACUCAAAGCCAUAAUUUGAAAACACACAUGAGAAUACACACUGGAGAAAAACCUUUUUCAUGUUCAAUCUGUGGUAAAAAUUUUACUCGAAGGCAAAAUUUUAAAACACACAUGACAAUACACACUGGAGAAAAACCUUUUUCAUGUUCAAUUUGUGUCAAAAAUUUUACUCAAAGGCAAUCUUUGAAAAUACAUAUGAGAUUACACAAUGGAGAAAAAAAUGUUUCCUGCUCAGACUGUGGUAAAAGUAUUGUAAUAAAUCAAAGUUAAAAAUUACAUAUGAGAACACACACUGGAGAAAAACCUCUUUCAUGUUCAAUCUGCGGUAAAGAUUUUACUCAAAGGCAAAAUUUCAAAACACACAUGACAAUACACACUGGAGAAAAACUUUUUCCUGCUCAUAACGUGGUAAAAAUUUUACUCGAAGGCAAAAUUUUAAAACACACAUGACAAUACACACUGGAGAAAAACCUUUUUCAUGUUCAAUUUGUGUUUAAAAUUUUACUUAAAGGCAAUGUUUUUAAAGUACAUGUGAGAUUACACAAUGGAGAAAAAAAAAUUCUGCUCAGAAUGUGGUAAAAGUAUUGUAAUAAAUCAAAGUUUAAAAGUACAUAUGAGAACACACACUGGAGUAAAACCUUUUUCAUGUUCAAUCUGUGGUAAAAAAUUUACUCGAAGGCAAAAUUUUAAAACACACAUGACAAUACACACUGGAGAAAAAACCUUUUUCAUGUUCAAUUUGUGUUAAAAAUUUUACUCAAAGGCAAUUUUUGAAAGUACAUAUGAGAUUACCACUGGAGAAAAUAAAAUUUCCUGCUCAGAAUGUGGUAAAAGUUUUGUAAUAAAUCAAAGUUUAAAAGUACAUAUGAGAACACACACUGGUGUAAAACCUUUUUCAUGUUCAAUCUGCGGUAAAGAUUUUACCCAAAAGAAGCAUUUCAAAGCACACAUGAGAAUACACACUGGAGAAAAACCUUUUUCAUGUUCAAUCUUUGGUAAAAAAUCUAUUCGAAGGCAACAUUUAAAAACACACAUGAGAAUACACACUGGAGAAAAACCUUGUUCCUUCUCAUAAUGUGGUAAAAGUUUUGUCAUAAGACAAAGUUUAAAAGUAAAAAUGAGAACACACUCUGGUGAAAAACCUUUCAUAUGUUCAGUAUGUUGUAAAAGUUAUAUAGAAAGACGACAAUUAAAAUUACACAUGAUAUAGCACUCUGGUGAAAAACCAUACUCCUGUUCAAGCUGCGAUAAAAGCUUUGGUCACCUAAACACUCUUACAGUGCAUAUGAGAACAAACCCAGGUGAGAAAGUGUUGAGUUGCAGUGUGUGUGGUGAAAGAUUGUCUUCUAAGUAGCAGUGUAAGAAACACAAGUGUGCUGGUGAGAACAGCAGCAGCAAAUGAAACUGCAGGAUUUGAAAUAAACUGUCCAGACUUUCAUUUUGACUUUCUAACAACAUCAGCACAUAUAACAUGUGUGACAUCAUUGUUUGUCUAACAAUCUGUUUAAUAUGCUUCUACAUUUAUAGAUUAGACACUUCAGAUUAGUGUGUUUAUUACAGUCAAGUACAUGAGUUAAUAUACACAUUUGUGUACUUUGAAAUGAACACAACAGUUUGACUGAAAGGGUGCGAAUAAACAGUACAUAAAAUAUGUUACAUACAAUUAACAUUUUAAGUGUAGAUAUUCAUAAUUCACUAUUAUACUUUUUCAUAAUAGUGUUUUAUAUAUGUUUUUUUAAAUAAUGAAGUGUUACAUAUUUUAUUUUCUAAUUGUAGAUGAUUCCAUAGAUGAACUCCUUUAUAUGAUGUACAUAUUUGUUUUACAUGUGUUCACACCUUUGCUUUUGAGUACACAUAAAUCCCUCUUAGUUCAUAUUUACUGGUUCACAUCUGAAACAUCUUCUGGACCACUUCUGGAAGCAUAUUAUUAUUUACUUUAUACAUCAUUUCAGCAGUUGUCUUUUAUACAAGAUCAUUUACUUUUAAAAUGUGUGACUUUGUGAAUCAUUUGUUGGGUCUCUAUAAUCCAUUCUAUUAAUUAUCUUUAUUACUUUCUUGUGUAAUAUGAAUAUUGUUUUGUGAUUGUUUUAUAUGUAUGUCCCCAGACUUUUAUGCAAUAAACAAUGUAUGCUUCAA